CUCAGGGGGACAUGACACCUUAUGAGACCCUCCUCAAACAGCACUUUCUCAACAACCUCCAGAAGACCCUCAGCAGCGCCACCAAAGACUCUUGUGUUGGUUGUGAGGACAGCACUGUCCGUCAGGCCCAGAUGGCUCGCCAUGCCAAGCCCGAACAGCGCCGCCAGAAGGAAAAGGAGGCCAAAAAAGAGAAAAGAAAAAAAGAUAAAGAGCGACGCCCAGCAUCGUGCACAGCUGCACCUCCUCCAACAUGCGUCAUUCCCACAAGCCCCUGCGGCUGCUCCUCCUGCUUGGCUUCUCUAUGGGUGCUUACCCCCCCACCUCACACCCCUGCUGACUAUGCUGCAAAGGACACAUGCUUUCGCUGUGGUGCCCAUGGACAUUGAUCAAGACACUGUCCACUGAAAGGCCGGAACCACCAAAAUCGUUUGCGUGGACGUCAACGUCAAAACUGGAGAGAACCUCCUCGUGGGCGCGGACACAGAAACUUCAAGAGUUCCUCCCACCAUCAAGGAACAGACUGGGGAGAGGGAGGGGUUAGAGGUCUGGAUUCUGUGCCGGCUGUGGCCUCCCUGCUCAGAUAAGAAUGCAAACACACACUUACAUAUUCUUACAUCUCCCCACAGAAGAUAGUGUUAUGCUCUCCCUAUGACAACAGUCACUGUUUGUGAAUUUAUUGCUGACUCAGGAGCCACUUUUUCCAUCAUCCGUGCUGAUUUUUUAAAUUUUUUAUUUUUUAUUUUAACACCCCUUUGAGUGGCCAAUUUCUUUUUUUCUGUUGGUGCGAGUGGAACUGAAAGAAAAAAGAAA